AUGCCCGACGAUGAUGCUACAACCCCCGCGGCUCGUCCAUCGAGGCCACCGUCCAAACAAAGUCAAUCUUCAAAUUCCAUGAAAAAGCCAUCACAACCACAGCCAGCUCAAGCACCGUCCCCUUCUUCCUGGUUCACCUUACCACAUCCUUUACGACGCGUCUUCGAUAGAUUCCCGCUCGUGACGUAUCCUGCCAAUCUCCUCCCUCAGCGCUCCUCCAAGCAAGGAAAUGAAAAUGUCCUCUAUAUCUUCCAAAAAUUAGACCCCAAGAGCCGAGAUGCCCCCUCAUAUAAUCCUUCGUGUCUGAAAUGGCAAGCCUACCUCAAAUUUCACGGUAUCCCACUCAAGACUCGACCUUCCAACAACCAUGCCUCCCCAACCGGCUCUCUUCCAUUCCUCUUGCCCGCCUCUACCUCGUCGGAUCCUCAUCGCCCCGUCUCCCCAAUCCCUGCAAAUCGUAUUGCAAGAUGGGUGGUCUCGCAGGGAGGAAAAGAAGACCCUCUCAUCUGGCGUCAAGAUGCCUAUGCUGCCUUGAUCGACCACAACAUCAGAAGUGCUUGGUUAUACUACCUCUACCUCGACCAGGACAAUUUCCAAUCGGUGGCACGACCCAUGUACGUCACUUCGGUAUCCAGCGCUCUGCCCGUCCACUGGGCCCUUGCACAUCAACUACAACAGGCGGCAAGAGACGAGCUGUUGAAAUUUAGUCCAGUUAUAGACCCCCACUAUCUAUACCGGCAGGCCUCACACGCCUUCCGCGCCUUAUCCCAACUACUCGGCGACAACAAAUUCUUCUUCGGACAGUCCACCCCAGGACUCUUUGACGCCAGCCUUUUUGCCUACACCCAGAUCAUCCUCGAUGACGAACUUGACUGGGUCAAUCUCGACCUCAAGCUGGAAUUGCAGCAAUAUUCCAAUUUGGAUUCUUCAGGCUGA